AACUUAAGAUAAUCCUUAAGAAGGUGUGAAAUGUAAAAAUCGACUAUGAAUACCGAUCUAUGAAAAGUGUCAUUUCGACGAUUCCAGUAUUCAGUUUUCAGUCUUGCGAGUAUCCGCUAAGACGCAUUUACAAUAUUCAAAAUAAGCGAACGUCCAUCAAGAUGCAUUCUUAUGCAGUUGCCCAUCAUGCCAAGUCUUCGAGACAAUCGAGAGAGCGAUCGCAAGAGAUUAAAAGAAUGAGUGAGAGAGUGAAAGAACGAGCGAUAUCGCGCGAUUGAGUGAGAGAGCAGAUAAACGUGUAAGAUUGUGAGAUAUGAUAGUGCGCAUUGCUACUUUUCGACGCACGGAUCGAUGGUUGAUGACAAUGCGUCAUAAGUUUGCGGCCAGUUUGACGGUUUGUUUCAUAGCGGUAUUUCUAACCUGUUACCCAUUCAAGUCUAAAUCGCAAUCAACGUUGCUUGAUUUCUACGAAUCGAUACCUAAGAAUUCGCAGAGCAAGAUCAGAAAUGCAGCCUCCUAAUUGGCAUGGUGUACAGGAAGGGAUAAAUCGCCAAAUUGAGCGGCUCUCACUUGUCCAUCAGUUUACUGCGGAUGAGGAUUACCGUGUAACUACCUUAAGCUUUAAUCAAGAAGGAAAUUUAUUAGCAAAUGCCUGUAAAUAUACUUCAAAAAUAUUUAUUUGGAAUUGGGCUGUGUCAGAAAAACAUUGCUUUGAAAGUGGUCACACUAUUUCGGACAAUACUAUUUCGGACAAUACUAUUUCGGACGUCAAGUGGUUACCAUUAAGCACGGAAUAUCUGGUUACUUGUGCUAGGGACGAUGGGGUACGUUUGUUGAAUCUUAACUCAAAAAUUUCGGAAAUAUUAGCGGUACAUGAUUAUCAACCGGAGAAAUUGGCUGUUCAUCCUGAAAUUCCUAAUACGGUUUUAACUGCUGGGCGAGAAGGAAAAGUAGUUUUAAUAGAUGUCCGAGAGAAAACAGGAAACGAGUUACUUACUGUAUUCACGGAAGGUACUGAAUCAAAGAUAAAUCUACCCAAUAUACAUUUUAAUCCUUUAGACAGUUAUGAAUUUUGUGUCAGCGGCUACUGCCAAUAUGUAAGGGUAUACGAUCGGCGACAAGUUCAGCAGCCGCUUUAUACAUUGUGUCCCGAUCAUUUGAGGGCUCAAUGUUUGCGUAAGGUACUACACUGUGUAUAUAAUCAUGAUGGAAAAGAAAUUGUUGCAUCGUAUGGACAAUGCGAGAACAUUUACCUAAUUAAUAAAAGAAAUUCCUCAUCUGUAAAAUAUGUUCAUAUAUAUCAAGACGCUGAGGAAGUCAUUUUCUUUGGACCUAAAAGCGAAUAUGUAAUAUCUGGAUCACGCCGUGGUUAUUUAUUCAUUUGGGACAAAAAUACGCAAGAUUGUGUGAAGCAGCUGGAAUGUGAGGGUCAAUUUAUAAGGUAUUUAAAGGCACAUCCGUCUUUACCUAUUCUUGCGAUACAAAUGGACAACGAUAUUGGGAUAUUGAUGCCUUAGGAUGAAAAAUUUCCGGAUAAGGAAUCAUUUGCUUCUACAUCAAGUGGGGAAUGAGAAUGGAAAAAACAGUUAAUAAAUGAAGAUGAAGGCUUGGAUAACUUUAACACAUCAUCUGAAGAUAGUUCUAAUUAAUUCUAACAACACAAUGUAAAAACACCAUGUAUCAGCAUGUCUCUGGAACUUGCGCCUAAACGUUUUUUAGCUUUUUUAAAAUAAUUAAAAAAUUCUCUAAAAGUUUAGGAAUAUACAUUUAAGAUUGUAGAACAAAUGUGUUGUAUUUUAAACAAAAUAAAUUGUAUAACUUAA